AUGCGGCACAGCUUAACACAGCUGCCAACUGACAGUGACAACAAGGAUGAGAGAGAAAGAGAGCCGCCGCCAACAGGGAAUGGAGCUUGUCUUCUUCAGGCUGAGCUGGUGAAUUAUGAGCGAGUCAAAGAAUACUGCCUGAAAGUACUGAAGAAAGAAGGAGAGAAUGUCAAGGCACUCUAUCGGUCAGGUGUAGCCUUCUACCACCUUGGAGACUAUGACAAGGCACUUUACUACUUGAAAGAAGCACGCUCCCGACAGCCAGCAGAUACCAACGUUGUACGGUACAUUCAGCUGACAGAAAUGAAGCUUAGCAGAUGUUCCCAGAGGGAAAAAGAAGCGUUGUGAGAAGAAACCCAGUUCGGUGGGCAUGAGUAGACACUUCCUCCCUCAUUGGGUAGCACUUCCACUUUAUUGACUCCACCUUAGUUGACUUCCUGCCCGCUUCCUUCUUUACUUUUGAUCUGGACUCAAGUGAACUGUUUGUUUUCAGAAAAGACUUGACCUGUGGAUUUGACCACAUCUACUUGCUGGCACAAGGAUAACAUUCCAGCUCUCCUAGCAGAAUUGCUGCCAGAGUCGGCCGUGUCCUGCAGCUUUGGCCAAAAGCCUGAGGCAAGCAAUGGAAGGGUGUUGACUUGGCCUUGCACUUGCUUACCAGUCGCUGCCUGUUUUACCAGCCAUACCAGCCAACCAUCAGGAGGCUCACUCUUUCAAAUGCCAUGGAAGCAGCCAAGGAAGAAUGCUUUCAGCAUCCGCAGAAGAGACACGAACUCCCACAACUCACUUUGGGAACUUCCUUCCACUUGUAGAUUUUCAUGGUCCAGAAAGACACCACCUGCUAAAUAGCCUAUGCCAAUGAAUGAGACUCAUUUGCAAUACAUUCUGUUUAAAGCACAGGGGAAGCACAAUGUACUUUAAGCAAUGAGCUCCAAAAAUUGGGAAGGGCUGUAGGGGACAUGAUGGAAGCUAAAAGACGAUAUGAAAAGACAGUAUUAUUUCGGGAAUAAAAUUUAUGGAAUGAUUAAUAGCAAAUACACAUUGCUUGACAGACAGCAAUCCCUUAUAUAUUUUUAGAAGGCAUGUCUGGGCCCUAGUAUGUAGUGGGGCAGCAUGACUUUGUAACUGAUUUCAGUUCAGACAGUGGAAACAGGAGCACUGAAUUAUGGAUGUAUCGCCAUAUUGAUAUGCACCUGUGGGCAAGUCAUGUACCUUUCCCGUGCCUCAGUUUCUCCAUCUGUACAGUGGAGAUAAUAAUGCCUCCCUACCUCACAGGGGGUGUUGUGAGGGUUUGUUAGUUGAUGUUUGUACAGUGCUAAAUAUUAUUAUUGGUACAUGGGA